UAUGAACCAAGGGGAGAAUGUGGUGUGAACCAAAGCUUUUUCACUAGUGGAGUUGAUGGAUUAUCGGUUUUAGUUUUCUUUAAGGUGAAUACAGUUCAAGGCACACUUGUGGAGACUUGGCGUCUGAUUCGAGAUACAUUGAUAGACCCAUCAUUUAAUCAUCAAUAUUGGUAUUCAAGGUUGCAACUGGAAAUGUUUCUUUUGAGAUCAUCCCAUGUGGCGUAUACAGAAAUAAAUGAAAUGCUCUCUACUCUUGGAGAUCCAUUUACUCGGAUUAUCAGCCUAGAGGAAUAUCAAAGUCUUAGAAGUGGAAGUGAUGUGAAUUUGCAAGGAGUUGGCCUUCUCAUAAAUGCUAAGCCAAGAACUGGCCCCUGGUUUGUUUUGGCUUGUAUAGAGGGUAGCCCACCUGCUCGUGCUGGCAUUCAUGAAGGAGAUGAGUUGAUUGAGAUUAAUGGGGAGAGGCUUGAUGGCCGUGACAGUGAAAUUGCAGCAUAGAAGCUUAGUAGGUGUGUUGGAGCAACCGUUGCAGUUAAAGUCCACAAUAGGAAGAUUUUGAUUUUCCUAGAUUUUAUUACCAUGCACAAAAGAACCAUUAAUUCCCUAUUAAAGGUUCAAUACCUGGAUCUUCUCAUAUUUCUUCUAUUACUGCUCAAGAACCAGCCCAAAAGCCCACACAGGAGAACUGGUGUAAGAGCUUCUAAUUUGCUUCAGGUUAGGGAAUUUUAUGAUAAUCUUAUCCCAUUCAAGGGGGAUUUCCAAAGGAUACGAAUAUCACAAUAUGUGGUUUGGAAGUAUAGUGAGGCAGAUAAGAUUGGUAAUGGUGCUUUGGAGCAUAUACACGUAGAUGUUCAUACACGUAAGGGUCAAACUGAAACCGAUGUUUUAUUAAUAGGCAGUUUGAAUGGCUCCUUGAGUUGUGCUGAGGUUGGGAAAGUAAGGCCAAAUUGUGAUUACGGGGUGAAAUGGAUGCCAGAUCUUGUGUGGCUUUUCAAUAAAAAUGGCCAAGCAGAUUGUGGUACAAUCCCUGGGCCUAUUUGUAGACCUGUCAGAGCUUCCUUAGCAAUGUCAUCAAAUGUAUCUUGCAUAAAAUUCUCAGAAAGAGGGUCAAAUCAUGGCAAAAGAGUUGCUGCCACCACAUAUCCUAAGAGUCUCGCUUGGCGAAAUAUCAAUGAAGAAAACACAUUGUCCUCAAAAGUCAGUAAAGAGCUUAAGGACCCACUUAUGCAAGCUUUGAUUCAAGUUGGAUCAGUAGUACUUUUAAAAGUUUUGAUUGAAGCGUUUUGAGCCAUUGUUAUUGCUGAGUUCGAGAAGCAUAAUUCAUGGCCUGAAUUUGUACCUGAUUUUCUGGCUGCUAUUCAAAAUAGUAAUCUUUUUAGCAAUACUACAGGUUGUAAAUGGAACACCAUAAAUCCCCUUA